AUGACGGAGGUCCUCCUCGAUAAGUUGUACUCGCUGGGGCUGAUUCGGGACAAGCAGAGCCUAGAGGCCUGCGUGGAGCUCCCCACCUCCUCGUUCUGCCGGCGGCGCUUGCCGGUGGUUUUGGUUCGGAUGAAGUUUUGCGAAACUCUGGAUAACGCCAUCACUUACAUCAAGCAGGGUGAGAUUCGGAUUGGGCCUGACCUGGUCACCAAUCCGGCUUUGCACGUCACCCGAGAGAUGGAGGACCACAUCACUUGGGCCGAGGGCUCCAAGAUGAGGCGGCACAUCAAGGAGUUUUCCAAUCAGGCUGAUGACUUCGAGCUCUUAGGAAACUGA